UCUUGUCCUGCAGGCAGCAUUCCGGGUGGAGAGUGUGAGUGAGAGAAAGAGAAAGACACAAGAGAUUUGAGGCCGUACACUGUAUAUUUACAAAAAGAAACACGAGCUGUAUGUCCAAACCAGCUGCGGCGUUAAAGCGGGAUAUGGGCUCUCCAGGGCAGAUCCCGGGACAAGACAUGGAGCUCUAAGCUAGCCCUCUCCAUCCAUCUCCAUUUGCUGCCUUGCACGCUGUUUGCCAAAACCACCUCCUCUACCCCUGCUGUAGCGGUUUGGCUCAGACUCCUAUAAGAGAAGAAGAGGGAAAAAAAACCCAAGUGGGAGGGAGUAGUAAACUUUCCCCAGCUGCUGUCCAGACACACACAUGCUGCAUUGCUGCCAUUCCCCAAGCCCUGCUCCAUCCAUCCCUAGGGCACAGCCACUAGCUUGCUAGCGAGCUAGCACUUGGCACAAAGACAAGGCCUGUCCUCGGGGAUAAAAAUACAAGCAGACUGUGUACAUUUGCCUCUUUCUUUUUUCUCCCUUUUUCCGGGCCACCCAGCCCAAACACCCAUUAACUGGGGCUCCUUUUGUUUAGCUGUCAUACCCACUGCUUUGAGCAGUGGAGGAUUACUAGUAUCCGGUCAGUCAGUCAUUCAGCCAGGCAGACUGAGGAAGCCAGAGGGGUUGGUUAUCAGAGGCCAGGAUGAUGGAGCCCAGCAUGGAGAACUGCCUGGCCCUGGUCCUGCAGAAGGACAUGGGCCGUCGGCUGCAGGUGGGGCAGGAGAUCAUUGAUUACAUUUUGGACAAGGAGAAGUCCCACGACCUGGAGCAGGAUCAGACAGCACUGGACAAAAUGGUUGAUGGCAUCGCCAGCUCCUGGGUCAACUCCAGCAACUUCAAGGUGGCUCUGCUUGGCUUGGACCUCUUAUCUGCCUUAGUGACGAGGUUACAGGAGCGAUUUAGGGCCCAUGUGGGAACAGUCCUGCCCAGCCUUAUUGAUCGACUGGGAGAUGCUAAAGACCAAGUGCGAGACCAAGACCAAACAGUGCUGCUAAAGAUCAUGGAACAAGCUGCCAGCCCACAGUAUGUGUGGGACAGAAUGUUGGGAGGUUUCAAACAUAAGAACAACAGGACCAGAGAAGGAGUGUGCCUUUGCCUCAUUGCCACACUGAGCACAUACGGAGCUCAAGGCCUGACCCUCAGUAAAAUUGUUCCCCACAUAUGUAACCUCUUGGGGGACCCCACAAGUCAGGUACGUGACGGAGCUAUGAGCUGCUUGGUGGAGAUCUACAGACAUGUGGGUGAGAGGGUGAGGAUGGAUCUCAGCAAAAAGGGCUUGCCACAGUCACGGUUGAAUGUAAUCUUUAGCAAAUUUGAUGAAGUCCAAAGAUCCGGGAACAUGAUCUCAUCGUCUGGCUCAGAUAAGAACUUUGAGGAUGAAGAUUCAGUGGACGGAGGCCGGUCCUCUUCCUCUUCAUCAUCCAAAGCACCCCCCAGUGGCAGGAGGACUGUAGUGAGCUCUGUUAGAAGACCAAGCUCAGCCACCACAGCUAAGGCGACAGGUAAAGAAGCAGGUGCUGGUGCUGUUGAUGAAGAGGAUUUUAUCAAAGCCUUUGAAGAUGUGCCCACAGUGCAGAUCUACUCUAACAGAGAGCUAGAAGACCAGCUGACUAAGAUCAGAGAAGUGCUGUCUGAUGACAAACAUGACUGGGAGCACCGAGUGGUCGCGCUGAAGAAGGUCCGUUCUCUCAUGCUGGCCGGGGCAACAGAGUACGAGGGUUUCCCUCAACAGCUGCGUCUCCUGGAGGCUCCCCUCAAACUGUCAGCUAAAGACCUGCGCUCACAGGUGGUCCGUGAGGCCUGCAUCACACUGGGACAUUUGUCAUCAAUACUGGGUAACAAGUUUGACCAUGGAGCGGAGAGCGUCAUGCCCACACUGCUGAACCUCGUGCCCAACAGUGCCAAAGUCAUGGCCACCUCUGGGGUGGCCACCAUCCGCCUCAUCCUCAGGCACACACACUACCCGCGCCUCAUCCCCAUCAUCACCAGUAACUGCACCUCCAAAUCAGUAGCAGUCAGACGACGCUGUUAUGAGUUCCUAGACCUCAUGUUACAAGAGUGGCACACUAAUACACUGGAAAGACAUGUGGCUGUUCUGACUGAGACCAUCAAGAAAGGCAUACACGAUGCUGACUCUGAGGCCAGAUCCAUUGCAAGAAAAUGCUAUUGGGGUUUCCAUGGUCACUACAGCCGGGAGGCAGAGCAUCUGUUCCAGGCGCUGGAGUCCACCUAUCAGAAGGCCCUCCAGUCUCACCUGAAGAGCUCUGACAGCAUCGUGUCUCUACCCCAGUCUGACCGCUCCUCAUCGUCUUCCCAGGAGAGUCUUAACCGGCCAUUGUCUGUGAAGAGUGUCAUUGGAGGGAGCAUAACAAGGAGUAAGCUGGUGAGCACCAGGGUGUCUACUACACCGGGUUCUCUCCAGCGUUCCCGUAGUGACAUCGAUGUGAACGCCGCCUCCAGUGCCAAGUCACGUCUGUCCACCGUCCCUGCCUCCUCGCCGUUCAGCUCUGCAGCUGCCCUUCCUCCAGGAUCCUAUGCCUCAUUAGAUGGCACUCCCGGUAAAAGUGAUGGUCGUGUUCGUACCAGGAGGCAAAGCUCAGGCAGCGUGGGUGGAGCCAGUACCUCAGUGGUGGACAGUAGGGGGCGCAGCCGAGCCAAAGUUGUCUCCCAGUCUCAGCGAUCCAGAUCAGCCAAUCCCAUCAAUGCCGGCAGUCGCUCCAGCUCCCCGGGUAAGCUUCUUGGCCACAGCAGCUACGGCCGGAUCCCUCGAGCCACGAUGUCAGCCACCACCACGCCAGCAGACAAGCGCAGCAGGAUCCCUCGCAGCCAGGGCUGCAGCCGGGAGACGAGCCCCAGCCGACUAGGCCUUGCCAGCCUGUGUGGUAAAGCUCUUCUUCCUGCUGCUCUUCCCUACCGCACGCUAGCCCGGAGCCGCAUUCCCCGUCCCAGCAUGAGUCAGGGUUGCAGUCGCGACACCAGUCGCGAGAGCAGCCGCGACACCAGCCCUGCUCGGGGCUUCACUCCUCUGGCCUCCCGACGUCACUCCCGUUCAACCAGCGCUCUCUCCACAGCCGACCCCCACAGCCAGUCAGACCGAUAUGGUUUAAUUCACCAAGCAAGAAUCUCUGCAUCAGUCAAUGCCAUGAGGGUCCUUAACACUGGCACUGAGGUGGAGGCAGCAGUUGCCGAUGCUCUGCUAUUAGGAGACUCCAGGAAUAAGAGGAAGCCAUUGAGGCGGAGGUACGAAUCACCAGGGAUGUACUCUGAUGAUGACGCCAACAGCGAUGCCUCCAGUGCCUGCUCUGAGCGCUCAUAUGGCUCAAGGAACGGAGGCAUCCCUCAUUACCUGCGCCAGACGGAGGACGUGGCGGAGGUCCUGAACCACUGCGCCAGCUCCAAUUGGUCAGAGAGGAAGGAGGGCUUGCUGGGCCUGCAGAAUCUCCUCAAGAGCCAAAGAAUACUGAGCCGUGUGGAGCUGAAGAGACUCUGUGAGAUCUUCACAAGGAUGUUUGCAGAUCCACAUAGCAAGAGAGUGUUCAGCAUGUUCCUGGAAACUCUGGUGGACUUCAUCACAGUACACAGGGAGGACUUGCAGGACUGGCUGUUUGUCCUGCUCACUCAGCUGCUGAAGAAGAUGGGCGCAGACCUGCUGGGCUCCGUCCAGGCCAAAGUCCAGAAGGCCCUGGAUAUUACAAGGGAGUCCUUCCCAUUUGACCAACAGUUCAACAUUCUGAUGAGGUUCAUCGUCGAUCAGACUCAGACACCUAAUCUGAAGGUUAAGGUGGCCAUUUUGAAGUACAUCGAGUCCCUGGCUCGGCAGAUGGACCCGACUGACUUUGUCAACUCCAGCGAGACGCGUCUGGCCGUAUCUCGCAUCAUCACCUGGACCACUGAACCCAAAAGUUCUGAUGUCAGGAAGACCCUUCAAAACUGGGUGAGCGAGGAGCUAGCUGGCAGGUCCAGUACUGCAGCCUUACUGUCUGCUGAGGGCAACCAGGAAGAAAGGUGUAAGCAGGCGGCCCAGGUGGUGCUGAUCGCUUUGUUUGAGCUCAACACCCCAGAGUUCACCAUGCUGCUGGGAGCUCUCCCCAAAACCUUCCAAGAUGGAGCCACCAAACUGCUGCACAACCACCUGAAGAACUCCAGCAAUACCAGCAGCAGUGUUGGGUCUCCGAGCAACACCAUCGGCCGGACGCCAACACGCCACACCCCCAGCAGAACCAGCCCCCUCACCUCUCCAACAAACUGCUCCCACGGAGGACUGUCUCCAAGUCGGUUAUGGGGUUGGGGUGUCGACGGACUGUCAAAGCAUCCCCCUGCCCCUCCUCCUCCUCCUCCACCCCACUCCACCCCUGCUGCCCCCUCCCUAAGGGUCCUGCGCAGAGCAUACUCACCCAGCAUGAUGGAAUAUGACACAGAAAACAUGAACUCUGACGAGAUCUACAGCUCGCUGCGAGGCGUCACCGAGGCCAUCCAGAGCUUCAGCUACCGGAGCCAGGAGGACUUGAAUGAGCCAAUCAGACAGGAGGGCAAGAGGGAUGAUGCUGCAGGAAGAGAGGGUGUAGCGUCCUCUCCCGGCUCUGAUGCCCGCCUUGGCUUAGACGUGGUGGAAGGGGGUCGCACUGCCUUAGACAACAAGACCUCGCUACUGAACACGCCAUCACCUCGAUCGUUCUCUGGGCCACGGAGCCGUGAGUUCGCUCCCUAUGGUUACGGAGAAACCAUCUGCACAUAUGACAAGAGCGCCCUGAAGGAGGCCGUCUUUGAUGAUGACGUGGAGCAGUUCCGCGACUGCCGACGUCAGGAAAGUGGUGAAAACAAGAUGACGCUCCCCAAGGUCUUUGCUCCUGCAGUCGGUCAGGACCACUCAGACAUGGUAGCUGACCUGCUCAAGGAAUUGUCCAAUCACAAUGAGCGAUCUGAGGAGCGUAAAGGCGCCCUGGUAGAUCUGCUGAAGAUCACACGAGAAGACAGCCUGGCUGUAUGGGAUGAGCACUUUAAAACCAUCCUCCUCCUUCUGCUGGAGACACUGGGUGAUAAAGAUCACACCAUCCGAGCCCUGGCCCUGCGUGUGCUCAAAGAAAUUCUGAGGAACCAGCCGGCCCGCUUCAAAAACUACGCUGAGCUAACCAUCAUGAAGACCCUGGAGGCUCACAAAGACUCCCACAAGGAGGUGGUGCGUGCAGCUGAGGAGGCAGCAUCCACCCUGGCCGGCUCCAUUCACCCAGAGCAGUGCAUUAAGGUGCUGUGCCCUAUUGUGCAGACAGCCGACUACCCAAUCAACCUAGCUGCCAUCAAGAUGCAAACCAAAGUCAUUGAACGCAUCGCCAAGGACUCCUUACUGCAGCUGCUGCCUGACAUCAUCCCUGGACUCCUACAGGGCUAUGACAACACAGAGAGCAGCGUUCGCAAGGCCAGCGUGUUCUGUCUGGUGGCUAUCUAUUCUGUGAUUGGCGAAGAUCUCAAACCCCACCUGGCACAGCUCACGGGCAGCAAGAUGAAGUUACUGAACCUGUACAUCAAGCGAGCCCAGACGACCAACAGCAAUAGCAGCAGCUCCUCGGACGUCUCCUCUCACAGUUAAUGGAGGGAGGUUUCAUUUGAAAACCCUGUGGAUGGGCGCUGUUGGAGGAUUUCCAGGGCAAAGCUGUGCUUCUUUCAGACUUCUCUGUCUCUGAAUUUCCCCUCCUCCUCCACAUCACAACUUGAGCACCACCAUGCUUUUCUCCAGUUUAAAGGAGAUCCUGUCAGCAACCGUUGUCAUUUAGUUCCUCCUCCCCACCUUUUGCUCUAGAAACUUAUGAAUGUAACUGUGGAUUGGGUUUAAACCAGUGGGGAGGAAAUCAACACAUUCUGAGUUUUUGGAUCUAGGAAAUGCACUUUCUGUUCCUCCUCGGUUCCCACGACCUCCACACCGCCUUCUAUCUUUGCGUGUUUCUCCUUAAGCCCUCAGAUUUGGAAGAUGAAAGAGUUCGUACAUGAUGCCGUGAAGUAUUCAUGAUCAGAGGGAGAAAUUUCUGUCAGAUUGAGUACAGUUUGGGAUGAUAUGUCAUUUGGCUGGCCCAGUGAUGGUAACAAGCUCAUAGGUUUUGGGUUGAAUUGUGGUUUGGGAAGCAUAAAACCAAAUAUUGUUAGAAAAAAAGAAAGAAAUGUGUAAAGGAACAAAGUGACAGAAAAAAAGGAAGUACUGUAUGAGAAUUUUUAGUUCAUGUUUUAAGUUUAUUGAUCAUGAUUGUGGCUCGCAGAAGUCCAUGCAUCGAUUGUUGUCUUUUUUAUGCUAAUCUGUAACUAAAAGUGGCUUAAUCAAUUGAAUCCCCCCUUACAAAAACAAUUGUUACAUUCAAGAAGGUAACAAGGUGCCAAAAGAUACAUUUUCAGCGACAGAAUUGACAAUCCUUAAAAUUUUGUGCAGAUUUUUAUUUUCAGGUACGGAAGAAGAAAUCGGUGUUAGACUGCACAAUAAAGUUGAAUUUGUCUUGAAAUUAACAAUCAGCAGACAGUAGAAAAAUAUGAAAAGUUCAAUUGUGUUGCCUGCAUUUUCUCACUCAACUUUCUGCAUUAAGUUCAAAAACUGUUUUUGUUUGUUUGUUUGUUUGUUUUUAAACAUACUUUCAGAAAUGGUUGCCUGUUGGUUGCCAGUCUGUGGCAUCUUACCUGUAAAACUCUGAGGUUGCUGCUCAGUAGAGUGACUCUGUUUGAAGAGGAAGUCCUUUGUAAAUAUUCCACAUUUUCCCUGCUUGGAGUCAGGAGAGAUCCAAGCAAUCCGAGACAGUCAGAAAGACAUUACCAGGCCUUAUUCACUUCGCACACUAAUGUUAGUCGACUGGGACUGCAGAGAGUGGAUGGGAUGUACAGCACUGUAACUCUUGGCUCUGAUUUAAAAAAAAAAAAAAAAAAGGUGAAUCAGCAGGAAAACAGACCCGCGGCAGUGUUCUUGACCUGUGACGAUGCAAAUACAGUAUUUGUUGUUUCCUCUGAUCUCCUUCAGUUCCCCUUCACGUAACCACAGCUUCUGCAAUAAAUCCACAAUUCAAGGUAUUUUGUACAUACACUUUUUGACCACUGCUUCGCAAGGUUUUACAUUAUGUCAAUGGAGAAAAAAAAAAGAAAAGUGAACAGGUUGACUAUCACUUUUUUGCACGUUAGCAAAAAUAGCUUGCAUGUAUCCUGCAGCACAUGCCAACUUGCUGUUUUGAAGGGCCCAGGUUUUUGGCUGUAAAAGUGCACUUGUGACAUCACCUGAUUACUCAUCUCUGAUUUAAUGUUUCAGCAGAAGAGGUAGUCACAUUAGUCACACACAUAUGUAAAAGGUACAAAAUGGAGAUUUAAGCUGGUAGAAGUAUCCAGGCGAGGUACUGAGAAAUCAUACCUCUGGACACGGCUGUGAUUUAUUGUUUUUUUUGUUGUUUUUUUUUGCUUUUUUUUCCCAAGUGUUAGAUUUGAGGUAUCAAGAAGCUUUAAAAUUUUGGAUCUUGCACUGAGAUCUCUCUUUAAGUUGUUGGGUUCCCGAAGUUUAGCCCUAAGAGAUAUGACUCCAGCCAUGGAUCCCUGAUUUUGAAAAGUCUCCCCUAUUUGAUCAGAUUUUUUUAUUGCUGGAUAUGAUUUAGAUGAUCGUGGUACAAUUAAUCUACUGUAGGAAGAGAUCAGUCUCAUGCCUUUUAAAUUCUGUUAUCUCAUUUGCUAACUCCUGGCAAAUGACUCAUAAUAAUAAGGAAAUGGAAGUAUUCCUGAUAUCACCUGGGGACAGCCUGAGUCCUUGGAUGGACAAUUUUGGACUCUUGGACUUUUCGUUGAGUAGUGUUUUCAUUCAGGGAAUCCACUGAGAGUUGUGGUUAUUUAAGUAAAUGAAUGUACAGACUUAAUAUGUGUUAUAAUUAGCUUUUUAAGUAUUGGUACUGAAACUGACUUCAGCAACAUGCAGCCCUGUACACUCUGUAAUAUGCCUGUCUGCACUCUACCUGACUUUUCUUUCUCCUGAAUUCCCUCAACAGUUUCAGACCGUUGAUCAGCCUCGUGUUGUUUUUCAGCCGAUUAAAACAAAUCUACACAUGGUGUGAGGGGGAAAGUUCACCAAUCAGCAAACUACCGGCCACUAGCAUAUGUUAUCACAUUACUGGUCCUAGAAACAGACUACAUGGUAUUCCUUGCAAACUGUUCACUAUGCAUGUUCUACAGUACACUGUCUUUCUUUUGUCUCAAUCGGUCAUGUAUACCUGUAUUUAUAUAUUUUAUUUGAUCUUAUUUUAUUUUGUUCUCUCAUGAUUAAACUGUACAGAAGGGUUUCUUUUGUUAACUUCCACCUGUGAUAGGUUUGCAACAAUGUAAAGAAAUUGUUUGCUCUAGAAAUAAACAGACUAAGAACUGA